UCUUUUUGUCUCUACAACUGUAUAAGCUUUUAUAAAAAUAAACUCUGUAAUCUUUUGAAAACGAAUGAAAUAUGAGUAUCUCAUUAUCGUAUUAUAAAAGCAAGAGUUCGCGAAUUUUGUUUUACAAGCUCUCUUGGACAAUUUAGAUUCAGACAAUUCGGUAUUUAUGGAAUCGGAAUCUGUUGGAAUCAUGUCGGACAAAAGCAAGCAAUUCGGCGAACAAUAUGACGCAAACGUGUACUCUUCUUACCGAAAGGAUACGCCUGUCGAACUGAUCGAGAAAAUCAUAGAUUUUUUAAAGGAAAAGGUGCCGGAACCUCUGGAGACAGCCGUGGACGUUGGCUGCGGGAAUGGCCAGAGUACCGUCAUCCUCGCCCCCUACUUCAAACAAGUGCAUGGAUCCGACGUCAGUGAGGCGCAGAUAGAACAGGCAAAAGCGAACAGAUCACUUCCCAACGUCACAUACGCAGCAGGCCCGGCGGAGAAACUGCCUUUCUGUGACGGCUCCGUGCAGCUGCUGACGGCUGCUACUGCCCUCCACUGGUUCGAUCUGGACACGUUUCUGCCAGAGGCCAGGCGAGUGUUGUGCGUGAACGGCGUCAUGGCCGUCUACGGAUAUCUGAACAUGAAGCCACUUUUUGAGAACCCGACAAGAGCCAAGGAAGUCGAUGAACUUUUUGAUAAGUAUUGCAAGGUGCUGGAGCCUCAUCAUGUUAUGUCUAAAGUAUCGAUUCUGCAAAACAGGUACAAAGAUGUCAAAUUUCCCUUUGAAGAAGUCAACAGGUGUCCGGACGUCCGCUGUUGUUUCGAGGGCAAGUUACCGGAUGUCGUGAACUACGUGAGCACAUGGUCCGGGUAUCAAAAUUUCAAGAAAGUCGACAACAAAGGGGCUGAAGAAUUGCUCGAUUAUUUCAGAAAGAGAUUAUAUGAGAUCGGAGCUACUUGCAGUGUUUCUCCAGAAGAUUCCGUUACCUUAUACCGGGACUUUCAACUUAUUCUUUGCCGGAAAACCAAAGAUGGAUCGUUUGCGCGAUAAGUUUCAACCAGAAACAUUCAAGUGAUCGUUAACUACUGCGUUUGUUAUUUAUAAGCGUUUGCAGUGCUUUACAUCUUGUUGAGAUUUUUGUAAAAUAAAGAUUUUUUUUUAUUA